AUGCAGUUUGACCGCUCUGAGGAGAAUAUGAAAGUGUUACUCAGACUUGUUUGUUUCAUAGCUCUGCUGAUUUCUUGUCUGGAGGCUGAUAAAUGUGAGGAACGUGAAGAACACAUAAUUUCAGUUUCAUCUGCAAAGGAAAUUGAUGUUCGUUCCUGUCCUCUUAACCCAAACGAAAAGAGUGGCACUAUAAUUUGGUAUAAAAAUGACAGCAAGACACCUAUAUCUGCCAAACAAGAUACCAGGAUUCAUCAGCAUGAGGAUAAACUUUGGUUUGUUCCUGCUGAGGCAGAGGAUUCAGGACAUUACUACUGUGCUGUAAGAAAUUCAUCUUACUGCCUCAAAAUUAAAAUAACUGCAAAAUUUGUGGAGAAUGAGCCUAACUUGUGUUACAAUACACAAGCUAUAUUUACACAGAAACUACCCAUUGCAGGCGAUGGAAGACUUGUAUGCCCUUAUUUGUAUUUUUUUAAAGAUGAAAAUAAUGAGUUACCCAAAAUACAGUGGUAUAAGGAUUGCAAACCUCUAUUNAUCUGA